GCCCCUGUCCCCGAGGGGUCUCCGGGGAGAGGUGCCGGGCUCCCGGGCCGCCAGCGCCCGGCCAUCCCCCGAGUGGGGGCUGCAUCCGCGGGGCCAGACACCUGUCGGUCGGACCUGGCGCGGUAGACCAGAGCCAGGAUGAAAGUAACUGUGUGCUUCGGCAGGACGGGCAUCGUGGUGCCCUGCAAAGAGGGCCAGCUGCGCGUCCGGGAGCUCACCCAGCAGGCGCUGCAGCGGUACCUAAAGACCCGGGAAAAGGAUCCUGGUUACUGGGUGAAGAUUCAUCACUUAGAAUACACAGAUGGAGGUAUCCUGGAUCCAGAUGAUGUCUUGGCAGAUGUUGUUGAAGACAAAGAUAAGCUGAUUGCUGUGUUUGACGAACAAGAACCCCUCCACAAGUUUGAGAGCCCCAGCGGAAACCCUGCAGAUCGGCAGAGCCCGGAUGCUUUUGAGACAGAAGUGGCUGCCCAACUGGCCGCGUUUAAACCAAUUGGUGGGGAAAUUGAAGUAACCCCUUCUGCUCUGAAAUUAGGCACUCCAUUGCUGGUGAGGAGAAGCAGUGACCCAGCUCCAGGGCCACCUGCUGAUGCCCAGCCAAGCUCUUCACACCCCAGUGGCCAGAGUCUGAAACCUGUUGUUUUAGAUUCCACGAAGAACUUAGAAGACAGAGAAGUUAUGAAUGGUGUGCAGACAGAACUACUAACAUCGCCAAAAAUUAAGGGUGCACUGAGUGAUAUGACAAGAACGGUGGAGAUUUCUGGGGAAGGAGGCCCCUUGGGAAUACAUGUGGUGCCCUUCUUUUCAUCUCUGAGUGGAAGGAUCCUAGGACUCUUCAUCCGAGGCAUUGAAGAAAACAGCAGGUGCAAACGGGAGGGACUCUUUCAUGAAAAUGAAUGUAUUGUAAAAAUCAACAAUGUGGAUCUGGUAGACAAAACUUUUGCUCAGGCACAAGAUGUCUUCCGCCAGGCAAUGAAAUCCCCAGAUGUGCUCCUCCACGUGCUUCCACCUCAAAACCGUGAGCAGUAUGAAAAAUCAGUCAUUGGACCUCUUAACAUUUUUAGUAGCAAUGAUGGAGUUUUGAGAACAAAAGCACCUCCUCCUGUCCAUGGGAAAUCUGGAGUAAAGACAGUAAAUCUCACUGGAACAAAUAGUCCUGAAGCAAAUGCACCACCUUCUCUGCAACAAAACAAGAGUCCCCGAGUACCAAGACUAGGAAGAAAAUCUUCAUCUCCCUCUCUCUCCCCUCUCAUGGGGUUUGGCAGCAAGAAAAAUGCAAAGAAAAUUAAGAUUGACCUAAAGAAAGGCCCUGAAGGACUUGGUUUCACUGUGGUUACCAGAGAUUCUUCCAUACAUGGUCCUGGUCCCAUUUUCGUAAAAAACAUUUUGCCAAAGGGAGCAGCAAUAAAAGAUGGCCGGCUACAGUCAGGAGACAGAAUUUUGGAGGUAAAUGGCAGAGAUGUCACUGGACGAACUCAGGAAGAGCUUGUGGCUAUGCUAAGGAGCACCAAGCAGGGAGAGACAGCCUCUCUGGUCAUCGCUCGCCAAGAAGGAAAUUUUCUGCCCCGAGAACUGAAAGGAGAACCCGACUGCUGUGCACUCUCCCUCGAGACGAGCGAGCAACUCACCUUUGAGAUCCCCCUGAAUGACUCGGGCUCUGCUGGCCUGGGGGUGAGCUUGAAAGGAAACAAAUCCCGAGAGACUGGAACCGACCUGGGGAUUUUUAUCAAAUCCAUCAUCCACGGAGGCGCUGCUUUUAAGGAUGGUCGCCUACGAAUGAAUGACCAACUGAUUGCAGUCAAUGGGGAGUCUCUUCUGGGAAAGUCCAACCAUGAAGCUAUGGAAACACUUAGACGAUCCAUGUCCAUGGAGGGAAACAUUCGAGGGAUGAUCCAGUUGGUGAUUCUUAGGAGACCAGAGAGACCAAUGGAGGAGCCUGCAGAGUGUGGGGCAUUUUCCAAGCCAUGCUUUGAAAACUGUCAAAACACUUUAAGCACCUCCAGGCGAAAUGAUAGUAUAUUGCAUCAGUUUGGCACUUACAGUCCACAAGAUAAACAGAAAGACCUAUUGCUUUCCAAUGACGGAUGGGCGGAGAGUGAAGUACCACCUUCCCCACCACCACAUUCUGGUCUGGAAUUGGGCCUUGAAGAUUACAGCCACAGCUCUGGGGUAGAUUCGACAGUAUAUUUUCCAGAUCAGCACAUCAACUUCAGAUCUGUGACACCGGCCAGGCAGCCUGAAUCAAUUAACCUGAAAGCUUCGAAGAGCAUGGACCUUGUGCCAGAUGAAAGCAAAGUUCAUUCAUUGGCUGGACACCGAUCCGAAUCUCCAAGCAAAGAUUUUGGUCCAACUCUGGGCUUAAAAAAGUCCAGUUCCUUGGAGAGCCUGCAGACAGCUGUGGCUGAAGUCAGGAAAAACGAACUCCCCUUUCACAGGCCUCGGCCACACAUGGUUCGUGGCCGUGGCUGCAACGAGAGCUUCCGAGCUGCCAUUGACAAAUCUUAUGAUGGACCCGAAGAAUUAGAAGCUGACGGUCUGUCCGAUAAGAGCUCUCACUCGGGCCAAGGAGCUCUGAAUUGUGAAUCUGCCCCUCAGGGGAACUCUGAGCUAGAGGACGUGGAAAAUAAAGCCAGGAAGGUAAAAAAAACGAAAGAAAAGGAGAAGAAAAAGGAAAAGGGCAAAUUGAAAGUCAAGGAGAAAAAGCGCAAAGAGGAAAAUGAAGACCCAGAAAGGAAAAUAAAGAGGAAGGGAUUUGGUGCCAUGCUGAGAUUUGGAAAGAAGAAAGAAGACAAGGGCGGAAAGGCUGACCAGAAAGGCACUCUGAAGCCCGGGAACCUGAGAGAAGAAGAGCCGGAGAGAAUGAAAGAAGAGCGGGAAUGGAUUGGAGCAAAACAUCAGGAGCUGAGGGAAAAGCAGGCCAGAGAUCUUGUUGAUUAUGCUACUAGUGCAGCUGGGUCUGCGCACGAUAUGGAAGAUGAUGAAAUGGACCCGAAUUACGCCAGAGUGAACCACUUUCGGGAACCAUGUGCAUCGGCAAAUGUCUUCAGGUCUCCAUCUCCCCCUCGGGCUGGACCCCUAGGUUACCCUCGGGAUGGCCGACCACUGUCUCCAGAGAGAGACCACUUAGAGGGUCUCUAUGCCAAGGUCAACAAGCCAUAUCAUCCACCAGCUCCAGUUGACAGUGGCCGUCCCAUGGGUGGGAGCACUGACCGAAUCCAGAAGCUGCGGAAGGAGUAUUAUCAGGCUCGGAGGGAAGGCUUCCCACUAUAUGAAGACGAAGAAGGAAGAGCUAGGCCAUCUGAUUAUGACCUUCAUUGGGUGUCUGGAAAAGGUCCAGAUGGGAAUGCACACAACUUCCGCUUUGAGGGGCUGGAGAGACAGUAUGCAUCUUUACCCAGGGGAGGUCCAGCAGACCCUGCCGAUUAUAUGACAGCAGCACCCCGAGGGCUCUACAAAGAAAGGGAGCUUCCCUACUACCCAGGGCUUCAUCCCGGGCAUCCUCCCAAAGGGAGCUACUCACGCCCCACAGAUCUGAGGGUGGCAGAUCUCCGCUACCCUCACUAUUACGCAUCCCCGCCUGCCCCCCAGCACAAAGGACCCUUCCGGCAAGAUGUUCCACCAUCCCCUCCUCAGCACCAAAGAGUGCCAGCCUACCAAGAAAUGGGCAGAGUGGGCCCGAGAGGUGGAAGCCCCGACCAGUACCCCUACCGAACCCAGGAUCCCAGGCAGAAGAACCCCAUGACGGCAGCCGUAUAGCUGAGUGCCACUGAGAUGAGCAGCCCAGCAGGGAGGACAUCUACCCCAGCCUCUGCCCUUCCUAGAUGCUGAGGCCUUCUUCCUGUUUGAAUCCUCCAUGGUACAGAUUAGCAUUUCCUCAUCGAGUUUGUAACAUUGACUGCUAAUCAGAGGGGAAAAGAAAGAACAGGGGGUUUUAGGGUGAGGGUGGAUUCAGAAGGAAGAGGGAGGAUGGGGUCAUAAAAGCGAUACUUCCUAAUACUUGAAAGGCUUUCAGAAUUGGUCAGUUCAGAGAGAGUAGUAACUAAAUAAGCACCUAAUGAUGAGAUUGACUACAUGGUGGCCCUCUGGCUAGACAGCCCAGCUAACAUGCACCCCCAUCCCCAUAGAACUGGCAAUACAGAGGUUGUCUCUGCCAGCAGCAUUACCCAUUCAGAGGCUGGGCCUCCGACCCUUUAUUGGAACCAUGCUGCCUGAAGAGGGUCAGAGUCAAGGCUGCAGAUGUGGGAAUCAGUUUACCAAGUAGUUUUUUCAUCAAGAACGAAGCAUCAGCAAACAUGCCCAGUGACCUUCUUGAAAUUUUUUUUCUACCCAGAGGAAGACUACAUUUCUUAAUAAUCUUUCUCAGGUUCCUGAUCUCCCUCACUUAAUGUAAACAUUUCACAUGCUUCCUUGCUGUUGAUAUCAAAGUCGGUAAAUGUGAAUACAGUAUUAGUGUCCUGGGAAAAUGUGCAAGGCUAGUCGGAGCUUCUGGAAGGAAUAUAUUCCAAGGACCAGUGAUCGGGUGAUGAGCACUGACACUCCCAGGGUCCUCACCUUCCUGCCUCCCACAUCCCAGGCACCAAAGCUCGGAGAUAGCUGGUUUCAGAAUCAUCCCCAAAUCUCCUGGCUGUAAUUUUUUUUAACUGGACCCUCUACUUUAAAGCUCUCACUUGAGGGUGAAAGCCCGCUGGUUGGGUUGCAUGGGAAACAAUGCCCUAGGGAUGCCAAUUCUAGACUCAGUGCCAAACAGUACCCAUCUGCCCUCAAGGACAGGGAGGAGCUGACUGUAGCCUUUGGAAAUUGGCCACCAGCAGGUAGUAGAUGGACAUGAAUGAUUGUGUGUGUGUUUGUGUGUGUGUGCGUGUUUUCAAACAUGUGGGGUUACCAAUAUGGAGAUUACCAAUAUGGAAGAUAAAAAUGCUUUCUGGAAAGUUUGAUGAAUGAAGCAGAGGGGAGGAGGAGAGUCAUGUGAUUAAAUCAAUCUGCAUCUUCUUUAUUUCAUUAACAAAAGUCACGGCAUGGACAAGCUCUCCACUGAGACACGAAGCUCUUAUGACUUUGAAAAGCUGAAACCCUGCCCUCUGAGAUCCUCAAGGAGACCAAACCCAUCCCAGUCUCUUUUGAGCUUUGUAGCUAUUUUCUAUUUCUGGUUUCUAUAAAAAUCAGAGCUUCUAAAACUUACACCUGACCCAAAUGAGAACCCAAGCAAAAGAUUGAGAAACAGCAAAACUGGGAAGCAGCCGUUUGAAUGGCACAGUGAUGUUAAAAUAUUUUAAGACUUUUUAAUUCUUUCUUCAUUCCCUCCCCCCAAAAAAGUCUUUCAAUUUAGACAUAUUUUGGCUGAGUGUAGAAUACCUCCAACUGACAGGAUCUAAUAAAUUAUAGUAUUAUUGAAUACAUAGAGUAUCCAUCUGUCCCAGUUUAGUCUUUUUUUUUUUUUUAAUUUAAAAUAGAAUUUUGUUACCAAGAGUGAAACAACUUCUGGUUUGAGACCUAAGGAGUGUUAGUUACUGGACUUUGAGAGCUAGCAUUUUCCAAACCACAAUUACGGUGGCCUCUGAAGAGCAGACAGUCCAGUUGGGUUUUUUUUUUGUCCUCUGUCAUCUGUCUCAAGGCAGGUCCCCUUAAAUUGUCUGCAAUUUGUUCAAGGAGGUUGGGACUCCCUGGCCCUGCUCACCUGAAGGUGUGGUGCAGGUGAGUGCAGGGUGCUGAAUGCUACCUUUCCCUUAAGCUAAGUCAACUUUAAAUACAAGAACAAUAAGACGAGGGAAAUGUCACUUGUUUUGAAGCAUUAAAAGUCAACUCUUUGGGAUAUUCCAUAUUUUAAUCAAAUAUCUGUAGACUACUGGACAUAGCCACUCCAGAAGGCUUCUCUUGAUGUCACCUUCAGUACAGCCAGGGGGUGCAAGGUGAACACUCUGUGUCUUGGAGAAGUGGGCCCUGCAGUCAGAAUGCCAUGUUUUUACCCCAGUGGUGCCACCUUGGGCACAUAAUUCCUCCUGCAUACAGGUUCAGGAGCAGGAGCUCCAAAGCAUGGCUUUGUCUUGUACACAGUCAAUAAAAUAACUGCUAAUCCUGAGGGGCAGUCAGUGAUGUGAAGGUACUAUGAAAGUGAACAAUAACAAAAAAAAUAGAUUAUAACAGUUAUCUUUUCUUGCUUGAUGUAUAACACACGCUCCAUUUGAUCCUGCCCUAAAGAAACUAACAUUGUAUUUGUGACAGAGGCUCCAUCAAGCCAAGCAACAAUUAAGAACCACUCAAAUGUAAGCUUCAUAAAUGCCUGUCUACUGCCCCUCCAGUCGCCACCUCCCAGAGGUUACAGGACUCUUCCCAGCAUUCAGGAGAACACUGUUUAGAGUGCCUAGAUGCCCAGGCUAUAAUCAGUAGGUGCCCAGGAACCACAAAUAGUUCCCAGUGUAUUUAUGGCCUUGGGAAUAUUCUGUCAGGUGUCCCCUUGUGGCAUAGAACUCUAAUAGCCCCCAUGGGAUAGAGUGGCAUUCCGACCAAUACACCUGUCUGCAUACACCCACAUGGUGUGGAUCUGGUCAUUGAGGCCUCAAAAUGAUGUUUGGCUUUUUGUCAUGAGAUAUUUUAAGGAGUCAUAUAUUUCUCCUUUUUUUUUUUUUUGCCAGACUAGAAAGACAAAAAAGAACAGACCAUUGAAAACCUUUAAAUGUAGGAGAAUUUGGUCUUCCACAAGAAAAACACAAUAUUUUGUUAAUCCAUCAUGCAAGUAGGCUGUGGCACUAUCCCUCUUGGUUUAAAUUGUUUCCUUACAAUAUCAAAUUAGUGGAUGAGAGGAAAGCUCAGAAACAGGAACAUUUUCUUAAAUCAUGAUUUAGUACCAAACAAAAAUUGGAAAAUAUUAUUCUGAGGCUCAUUUUUCUUGGGUACAUAUAUGUUGAUGGCAUGGUAGAGAUCCAGAGAUCUGCUGUCACCAUGAAGAAGCCCCAAGCAUACUCCCUGAUAGAGGAGAUUUGAAACUUCACUCCAACUUUACUUUUGCUACCAAAUAAAUAAAAUUAAAACAUGACCCAUUACCUCUUCUACAGAAUCAUGCAAAUCUUUAAUCUAACCUACCUUCUGAUAAUUCAGAAGGACAGGGAAGUUCUUUCUCUGUUCCCUGAUAUGCACAGAGAUCACACCUGGAAAGGAUGCUUAUUUUUCCUAACCUGUAACCGCAACAUUUAUUUUCUUUGGAGGAACUUCAUAGUGUUUCAGAAGAGUAAAGAGACCUGGAGAGUUUGGUAUUUAAAGGAAUUCAAGUCUGUAAAGUUCCUCUUGGCAUUAAAUUCUGAGACCCACAAUGAAUGCCCUUCAAAUUGGUGUUAAAUUGGGUAGACACCUGACUGCUCCCCAAGUCCGUUAGCAACAGAAAGUCCGGACUUCAUGCAAUUAGGCAGGAGAAAGCAGGAUUCAAAAAUAACCAUGAUAGGAUUUCUCUGCACUCUCAGUUCACACUGACUUAAGUGGAAACUAUGCCACAAUGAGAGCAGAGAGGGGAGUCUCCAUAAGAUCUUCCUACAAAGUCACCUUUCUGAUAAAAAAGGAGAAAAAAGUUAAAUAUCUAAAAUAAGCCUAGAAUCUCACAUGCAGCCACGACUUCUAAGUGAAGUUCUUUCUCCUUCAUGUCCUUAAAUAGUGACAGAAUUACACACAAUCUGACUUUUAAAGGUGGGCUUUGGCUGCUGAGCUCAGAAUAGGAAGUGAACCAACCCUCAAAGACUCUUCUAGCCUGUCUCCUAACUCGGUUCUUCAGAAAAUAUUCUGUUCAUCCGCAGCGCUGUUUACUACCAGGACAUAAAACAAAACCUGUUGUUUAUACCAUCACUUUUUCUAGUAUUUCCUGUGCUUUUAUGAUUACCAAGUCUGUUCAUACAUUUAAAUUAUGUGAAAUCAUAUUUUGGCAUAUGGGGGUGAAGACUGAAUUCUUGACAAACUUUUUAAGAUUAUCUCAUUUGUACCACAGGGAAAAAAAAACAUUUUGGAUGUUAUUAUAUAUGAGUAUAUAAAUUUUCUUGUUUUAUUUUGCAUUAAAAAUAAAGCUUUAUUCAGUCAGUAAAA